AUGACCUGCAAACGAUGGACAUUAGCUACGGUUACACUUUUACUUUUAAUGUUAUCACUCUGGUCAUUUAUUAAUGCAAUAUUACUUUGUAUGAGUAAAUAUAUGUUUUCUGAGAUUUAUCUUGUGGCAUAUAAUGAUGAUGGUUCUUUACAAAAAAUAAAAACUACUACAACGAAUACUAUUACUGUUGUUAAUACUUCAUUAUUUGUUUAUUAA